AUGGCUGAUGAGAAGAAAGCACAGCAAACCUCCAAGAAGGGCGCGAAGAAAAUUAUCAAGAAGGCGCCAACGAAGGGUGGCAGAAAGAGGAAGCGGUCCAGGAAAGAAAGUUACUCCAUCUACAUCUACAAAGUGAUGAAGCAGGUUCACCCCGACACCGGCAUCUCCUCCAAGGCGAUGAGCAUCAUGAACUCGUUCGUCAACGAUAUUUUCGAGCGCAUCGCGGGGGAGGCUUCCCGCCUGGCCCAUUACAACAAGCGCAGCACCAUCAGCUCCCGGGAGAUCCAGACCGCCGUGCGGCUGCUGCUGCCCGGGGAGCUGGCCAAGCACGCCGUGUCGGAGGGCACGAAGGCGGUGACCAAGUACACCAGCUCCAAGUGA